GGAUAAGCGGAAGAUGAUGGAUGGAUGGAUGAUUGAUUGAAUAUGUGUUAGUUUGGUACCUACGAUGUACCCGCUUGGUGGAAACGAGACUAACCUGUGCAGAUCAUCGGGGUCACAGUUGGAGAGAAAGGUGGACACGGCUUCGGCCACUUCCUGGUUGGACAGGACGUCCCACAGGCCAUCAGUGCCCAUCACCAAGACGUCGUCGGCGCCGUGCUCGUACUGCGUCAGGUUGUACACCUUCACCUUCGUGCACCAAAUGUGGGUUGGUACACAAAAAAAAGUGUUUUUUCCCCUCCAUAUUUGCAGGUUAUACCUCCGGAAGGCAGGACAGGAAGGGUUUGAUGUAGAUGUUGGAGUCGUGAACUUUGAGGUCGUGGUCGCCGAGCCCUCGGGUCACACCGAUGGUCGCCAACACCCGAGCCUGGGAGAGCAAAACACCAUCAGCCAGGGACGAAAGUGUGUCCAGUCCGGGGAGGAGGCGGAGCUUACCAUCCGUUCAUAGUAAAGUCUCUGUAGAGCAUCCUCUUCCCCACCUCUUUCCUCUGGACCCGCCGUGGGAAUUCCAGAACUGGAUGUCACUUUACAAGCCAGCAGUCUCCUUAGCAUCACACCUCCCAUCCUAGCCGCCACUUUAGUGUUGGACAAGUACAAAGAAAAGGAAGCAGAAGGAACUAGAAGAUUUGUUGUGGAGAUGUUUCUGCGUGGGACCCUGCUGAUGUUCCACUUCUGUUUGGGUUUCCAUGGAGCUGCUACACACAUGGAUCUGGAAAGGAUAAAGACGUGUGGCAUUCAGUGUUCUCAGGGCUUUCAGUGCAACACCCAGCCAGCAAAUUACUUUGCUGAUCCGUGUCAGAUGCCCGCUGACGGACUCACCGCCGCCGCCGUGUUCCGCAACCUCAGCUUUUCCACAGGCAUGACAUGUGAGGGGCGUCAAAGGUGCUCGCUGCACCUCCGAAUCAACACUACUGUACAGCUUCCAGAGUACAUCCACGGCUUGUCCGUUUGCUCCCACACACCAGGAAUGCUGCAAAACUGCCGGAUAGUCAGCAUCUCCAAGGUUUCCGGGUGGAUAAUGUCCGGAAUGCAGGUGGAGCUGGACGACAACUGCACCGACGUCUAUCCGCAGCAGCAAGUCCAAGUCACGCUGACCACGGUGCCAAAUUACUGCGGAAUAAAUCAAAGCGGAACCUACGUCGCUCCAGAUUGCUCAUGGGAGGAUUUGAGCAGACACGUGCCUGAAUGCAUCACUGGGAGGAUAUCAUACGAGGUCAACGCAGAGAGGAAAGAACUGCGUGUCACCGUGACCGACAUGCUGGAGGAUAAAGACUACCGGCUGCGACUGUGCCGUAAGGACUUCAUCUGCGCUAGCACGGGCGCUGGGGCGCUGAUCAUGAAGGAGGAAAUUAACAAGAGCGCCAUCCUCCCAUUUUCCAGACCGCUUCCAUGCCUCUGCAUCGAGGGCUGGUCUGCAGUGACGGACGCCCCCAGGGUGCAGGUGUGCCCGUUCCAAAACAGCCUGGAAGAGAUGUGGCACGGGAUUAAUUUCGACCCGCUGGAGGGGGCUCUUUCGUGGGAACCCGCCUGCCCGCUGACGGCCACCGUGACUCUCUGCCAAGGAGGAGAGGAUGGCGGCUGCACGGAUCUCCAGCAAGCCUCCCGGAAUGUCAGCAGAGCAAAGAUAACAUUUGCACAAGUGGAUCCCCACCCUCAGCUGUGCAUGAAGUUUAGUGCAGGCAAUCAGUCUUGGAUCAGUUGUCCUUUUGUCGGGAGAUUCCAAGCGUGGGAUGUGACUGUGGUGCAAUAUGUGGAUCACCAAGAGGCAGAGCUAAUGUCGCACAUCAACGCCACUUUCUCCGUGCACACGUGUACGCCGUCUCAAGGCUCUGCCGUGUGCAGCAGUCUAGACCCCAACGCCGUGAUCCACGCAAUUGAGCAUACUUCUGUAGGCUUCAACGUGACUGACACUCACUCUUGUUUUUAUGUGAGGAGAAUGGAUGUGAAAUAUGCUCCCACAAUCCCUUACUGUCUCACCCAGAGACACAUUGAGCCAUCGUCUCUCCUCGCCAAGCCAGCCAAUCAGAAGUUGAUCAGCGUCGUCGUCGUCCCGGUUGUCCUUUUCGUCUGCGUUGUCAUCGUUGUCACCUUCUUGCUGCAUGUCCUGCUGACUGUUCAUCAGAGAAGAAAAGAUACCGAAAAAGCGACAAAAUUGACCUCUUAUUUGUGACGUCUCACAACACGAAGACCGACUGACUUUUCACCUUUUGUCCGCCUCAGGUGCUUUUAAACACUGAUAAAUGUUUCUGAAACCGA